AUGUCGUCGGAUCUCGAUACUUUGUUGGAGAUGGGCUUUGACAAGUCACGUGCCGAGCUGGCCGUGAAGAAGCCUGGAGGCUUGGAAGGAGCGAUGAACUGGCUGGAGAAGACCCAAGAUACCCCGCUUGACGAACUGCAGGAGGAGGAGAAAGCAUCCGAGGUCACUGCCGCCUCCGUCGCUGAGGGCGAGAGUGCCAAGUCCAUCAUUUGCAACGACUGUAGCAAGCGAUUCAGGAAUCUAGAGUUGGCCAAUUAUCAUGCCGAGAAGACUGGCCAUGACGAUUUCGCCGAGUCCACUGAGGAGCUUGCACCCCUGACCGAGGAGGAGAAGGCUGCCAGACUUCAAGAGCUCCGUGAGCGUCUCGAGGCAAAGCGCGCUGGCCAGGCAAUGAUUGACAAGGAGGAAGCCAAGAAGAACGAGAAAAUCCGUCAGAAGGCAACCCGUGAGUCGCAGGAUGUCAAGGAGGAACUGCAACGCAAAGAGCAGCUGAAGGAAGCGGCCAAGAAGCGCCAGGAGAAAGCCGACGAAUUGGAGGCCAAGAGACGUAUCAAGGCCAAGAUUGAAGCCGACAAGGCCGAGCGAAAGCGCAAGGCCGACGAGGCCAAGGCAGCCCGCGAAGGUAGAGCUGUGGUAUCUGAGUCUCCUGUUGCCCCUCCGGCCGCCUCGCGUCCAGCUGCUGCGCACACGGAGGCUCGGCUGAGAUUACAGACCGCUGGCGGCAACGUCUUGAAAACUCUACCGGCUGAGACGACUCUGUUCGAGCUGGCGCAACAGCUUCAGACCGACAACGGCCUAACCGUCACCAAGUUUGUCAUGACUUUCCCGAAGAAGACAUUCGAGGGAAGCGUCGACUUCGGCAAGACACUCAAGGAGGCCGGAUUCGUACCCAGUGCAGCUCUGAUUGUGCAGUGA